UUAAUAAACUCAUAUUUAAAAAUGGAGGACUCUAGCACAAAUUCGAUGCUUGAGCCAGCUUUACGGGGAAUUUUCCAAAAACUUCUGAAUUUAUGCGAUAAUUUCCAAGGCCAGACCAAGAAUAAUUAUCAAGCAGAAGCAGAGGCAAUGAAGUGUCUCUUUGAGAACAAAAUUAACCAACUGAAACUUCAAAUUAUGGUUCUUCAAGAAGCUAGUCAGGCAGAUUCCCUCGUUCAGUUGCGUGACCGUGUAAUCGAAGAUCAGAAGAAAGAAAUCAGCUCUGUAAAGAAAGAGCUCCAGAGAGUCAAGAUGCUCUAUGUCAAGCACAAAGUUUCUAUUGGAGAUUACAAGAAGAGAGUGAGAGACUUAGAAUCAACUAACCAAAUUUACUACAAAAAGAUUUCAGAAAUGGUCAAACUCAAUGAGAAGCUUGAAAAUGGGUAUAAAACCAUCCUCGCCACUAAGAAAAAUCAGGGUGAAAACUCUGAACUUAAAAGCUCCUUUAAUAGUAUCAUCAAAAUUAAUAAAUAAGGUUUUUGCCGAGAUCAAGAAGGUUAUCAAGGAGAAAUACGAAGAGUUGAAGAAGAACCCUCUUGAUGAUCAUAAAGCGUUAGCAGAUAGUUUACAAAGUCCUACUUCGCAGUUCAAAAAGAUAUUAAUGUCUCCUCCACCACAGGCUAAAUCUGUGAGUAUGCCAAGAGAGCUAGAAUCGUCUUUGAAGGGAAGCGAAUUUCAUUCAAAACCAAAGUUUGCCACAACUUUAAGCCAAGAUAGAUUAUUUGCCAGUUGAUUAAAGGAAGUAGCCAAGAAGGUCAAGGAAAGGAACAGCCUGAGAAACCUACAGUCUUAUUACUCAAUGAGAAAACCUGGAAAUGACUGGAAAAUGACCCGGGAUGAGAAAAAGUUCUUAGUCGAAACAAUGGUGAGUAAGUACGAUCAGCAGAGGAGAUUGUCAGACAGCUCAUCCAAUAUGACUACAGUCAAUAACUUGAGAGCAAAGAGGCUUUCAGUAACUUCCUUACUAAGCCAAAAGCUAGAAUAAACUUUCAAAAUA